CUGACAGUCUGAUGACAGUGACAUAUUAUUGGAUAAUAUUACAUACGCAAAUAACGAGAUAAUAGAGAGUUGUUGCAGCAAGUUUAUUUUCUUAAAAAUGAGUUCGACAGAUACGGCCUCCCCAAAAGCUUUCGCCGAAAAACAAGCUGAACGUAUGAAAAAACUUCGAGAGCUGCAUCGGUUGAGAAACGAAGCCCGAACUCACAACCACCAAGAAGUCGUGGCUGAAGAUGCGAGGAACAAACUCCCAGCGAACUGGGAAAGCCGCAAGAAAAAGGCAGAGUGGAUUCUGAAUGAUCAGAAAGAAAGAGAGGAGGCAGCUGAAAAAGGCGUCGAUUACGACAGGACGAAGCUGCUGAAUGUAUCCGCACUUGAAGCUGAGCGGUUUGAAAAGAUGAAGAAAAAGAAGAAUCCGGAUCAGGGGUUCUCAGACUAUGAGGCUGCAUCUAUCAGGCAGUACAACAGGUUGGUGAAGAGCCUUCCUCCAAAAGACAUGGAAAGGUACGAAGAACAAAAGCGUAAAUACGGGGACGCCUUUUAUGCAAGCAAAAACACGAUAAUCCAUGGUCUACAUGAAGACAGGCCUGAAGCUGUGGACAAUCUGGUGAAGAGUGUGGAAGAUCAGAUUGCAAAGAGGAACAAGUAUUCCAGAAGAAGGACCCAUAAUGAUGAUGCAGACAUUGACUAUAUCAAUGAGAGGAAUGCCAAGUUUAAUAAGAAGAUGGACAGGUUUUAUGGAGAACAUACCGCUGAAAUCAAGCAGAAUUUGGAGAGAGGGACAGCUGUGUGAAUUUGUAUUUUUUUUAUCGUUGUGUAUAUAAAAGGACAAUUGAAGACAUUUCACUACAGAGUUUGAAAUCCUGCAUUGUCUUAUGGAAGAAACAGAGCUCUUAUAGCAGUGUUUCCAAAACUUUUUCUUUAUUGUUUAAGUUUAAACUAAAUACAUUAAUUAAGAUAAUCCAUUUCUGGAACUCGGAAUAUUUCUCUGCGUGAAAUUUGAGUAGGUUCUUUUAUUUUGGGAUUUAUUAUGUCCGACUUUUCAUAAAACAGUUCGUCCUUUCUUGCUGGCCAUUUCAAGUAUACCCUAUAUUUUUCCAUCGCACUUAAAAAUAUACCAUCAUUUUCAACUUUUGUUAUUUUUCCGGGAAACAUUUGAUCUUGGUAACAUACUAUAGCAUAAUUAUUAGAUUGUAGUUGAACGUCUUCUACAUCUAUUUGCUUAAAGCUUUCUAUAUCUUCUUCGUUAGAUAUAAGGUCUACAAAGUCUUCCAGGUGCGAAUUGGAUGAAACAACUCUUUCUCUAAAAGAAAUGCUAGUUAAACCUUCGCUACUGUCUGAGGUACAUUUUCCGAUUCAUUUGCAAGGCAAUCAAAAAACCAUUAAGAAUGUCACGAUUCACUGCAGCUGUUGAAACGCUUAUGUUUCGUGCUACCCUAUUUGCAACCAUAUCCUUGUUUCUAUUAAGAAAUGAGGCAACCUAGUCAUUCCCUGGACAGUUUUGUUUAAAACACUUUACUGUCCUUCCCCUCUUAUCCAGGUAGGACAACUAUAAUUUUUAGAUCCUGAGUUGUAACAGGAAAAUUAUAGGUUGAAACUGCAAUUAUAUGGGCAACCACAGACUCCUUGGUUAAGAUGGUUUGGCCACCAUGAUGCACAGUGCGUUUUGCAUGGAGUUUAUUUAGUAAAGUAUUGCGAUGAACUCCGUAUCUAAAAAAUGUUAUUCAUUAUUAAUGGAUAUACAGGGUGUUUCAGUUUAUUGUUGCAUAACUUUAAGAUACGAUAGAAUUUUUAAAAUUAAUGCAUAAAGUCUAUAUAAACAUGGGUCGAAAAAUGCGUGGCUUCCGAAAUAUUAAAUUUACUUUCUAAAAUAGUUUUUUUUGGUACGACAAAACGAACCAUGGGCAUACUUUUACUGUAGCCGCUAGGGGGCGCUCUCUACUGUACCUGUAGUGUAUUAAAAUGACCGAAAAAAUUUUCUUGGUGCAAUUUUUUGCUUUUUGAAUAAAAAAACUGAUGCUUCGCACUUUUCAACAUAAAAAAGCUCUCCUGUGAGUUUUCGUUAUAGUUAGCCGUUUUUAAGAUAUUUCGAUUUUUAAGGUUCGAUGCAUUUUUAAUUAUUUAUGGGAAAAUAAUAUUUUUUUUACAAUUUAGAUUUGGGCAUUACAAGUAAUUAAGAUGAUCGUUUAGAUUGUGUUUUUAAACACAGUAAUAAUUCCUAACUCCAAAUAAACACAAAAAAACAGAAUAUUAAUUUGUUUAAUUUUACAAUAUUAUUUUUAACAAAUUAAAUUAAUUAUUUAUAACUAAAAUGCUAUUGGAUAGUCAGGACAAACAGACAAAAUCUAAAGUAGUUGCUCGAAAUUUAAACCCAAUUGUUCAAUACACAAUUCACAUCUACGAAUGAUCGAACGUGGUAUAGCAUUAUUCAAAUAAGGACUCAUUUCAUCACAUGCAUUCCUGAUUCUGUCUAUUAGCAUAUCUCUUGUGGUUACGGGAGUCUGGUACACUUUUUCUUUUAGAAAUCCCCACACAAAGAAAUCUAAUGGAUUUAGGUCAGGGGAUCGUGGAGGCCAGGCGACUGGUCCUCCACGGCCGAUCCAUCCUUAUUCUGUUUUCAAUUUCAAAAAUAUUUGCAGGCUCAGCCUACUUCUAAAAAUUAUCUAGAUAAUACUGACUUUUUAACGUUAUUUUAUCAUAAAUAAUAAAAAAUGCAUCGAACCUUAAAAAUCGAAAUAUCUCAAAAACGGCUAACUACAACGAAAAUUCACAAGAUAACUUUUUUAUGCUGAAGAGUGCGGAGAAUCAGUUUUUUUAUUCAAAAAGCAAAAAAUUGCACUAAGAAAUUUUUUUCGGUCAUUUUAAUACACUACAGGUACAGUAGAGAGCGCCCUCUAGCGGCUACAGUAAAACUAUGCCCAUGGUUCGUUUUGUCGUACCAAAAAACCCUUGUAUACCAAUUUUCACUGUUAUACAUCAAAUAUUGUUCGAAAUAUUUAAAAAAAAAACUAUUUUAGAAAGUAAAUUUAAACACCCUGUAUUUCGGAAGCCACGCAUUUUUCGACCCAUGUUUAUAUAGACUUUAUGCAUUAAUUUUAAAAGUUCUAUCGAAUCUUAAAGUUAUGCAACAAUAAACUGAAACACCCUGUAUAUUGUUUACAAAAUACCUCUCAGCCGCUUGUCGUAUGGUCAUAGUUUUACUUCUUAUUUGUCUUAGGGCGUCUUGCAAGCUCUCUUCUGUAUAAUUUUUGUAUUGACGACUCCCUGGAGUUCGUUUGUAUUUUCGGGGCAUUACUAAAGUUUAAAAAAAAGGGUCACAAUUUAAUCCCGUCUGGUCGGGUAAAAGGUAUAAGGGGUGAAAUUGUGCGAACAAUGUGUCACAACGUCACCUCACGUUUUGUUCAUUUCGUAUCUAAUGCGACGCCAUUUUGAUAAAACACACCUUUGAUAUUAUUCAAGUAGAUGAUUAUAAUAUAGUCAAAAAAUGAGAUUACAAGAUUCAGGUAUAAAGAUAACUUUUACAAAAACAAAUUACUUUGUACAAAUCUAAUUCUAAAUGUAAUUUAAUGAUCCUCAUAAUGGGUGGAGCGACGACGCAUUGCGCGCGCAGCGCUUUCGCGGUCAUUACCGGAAAUAUUUUGAGUUUUAGGCGGGAAAACCGGCUUGUCACAAAGUCAUCCCGAUGUCACAAAGUAAGUAUGUAAAAGAAGUUUUUCUUCCUUCCUGCAAAAGUAUAAUUGGUUUGUAUAGAUCUGUACGUUAGUUAACAAAUGGAGAGAAUUUACCUGUCUUUACAAAGUUAAUAUUUGAUUUAUACAAAACCUGAUUAAGUUAUAGUGUGAAAUGAUGUAAUUCAUACCUUUUUUGAUG